AUGUCAUUACCGUUAGCUAUACGCAAAGGUGUCGCGCUGCUAUGUGCAGCAGCAUUUACAUCUGCUCUCCAGACCUUGCCGCCGGUCAAUGAGGUUUCAAACGAGGGGGGAUCAUCCCCAUUGUCAAUUGGGUCUGUGACCAAGACUAUCUACAUAGAGAAGGGUUUUGCCUCUACCCGAGAUACAGACGGCCUCACUCUGAUCCCACCAAGCGCUGAUGAAUUUGCCUCGCUGUUCCAACAGGAUAUUACAGACCUCACGGGCUUCAACUGGACCCUUGAGCAGGUAGACAGCCUGCCUAGCACCACCAAUGCCUCCGGAAUCUUCCUUGGAGCCUUCACAGGCAAUGAUUCCACACUGACAUACGAAAACGGGGACCCCACGUCGGAGGGCUACCAACUCGACGUGAGCUCUACUGCAGCAUUCAUUCGAGGGACAGGAGCUCGCGGGAUGUGGUGGGGGACUCGCAGCCUUUUGCAACUGGCUCUUAUAGGCAACGGUACCUUGCCUACAGGGAGCAGGAUCGACGCACCCGCGUAUCCCACGAGAGGCUUCAUGCUCGAUGCGGGGCGCAAGUGGUAUGCGCCCGAGUUCCUGAAGGAGAUGUGCAGCUUUGUAUCCUUCUUCAAGAUGAGCGAGUUCCAUUAUCACCUGAGCGACAACUACCCGCUCAACCGCGGACGCAAUGAGACCUGGCAGGAUGUGUAUUCACACUUCUCACUGCGGCCCGAAGACGAGUCUCUCCUCGGCAUACUCCACGGACGGGAGAAUGAGACGCUCUCCCGGGAUGACUUUGCUGAUCUCCAGAGUCACUGCGCGGCCAGAGGCGUGACUGUGAUCCCGGAGAUUGAAGCCCCAGGCCACUGCCUGUACCUGACCAAAUGGAAGCCGGAACUAUCAUUGGCAAAGAGGGACCUGCUGAACCUCACGCACCCCGAGACCAUCCCCACAGUCAAACGGAUCUGGUCCGAGUUCCUCCCCUGGUUCGAGACCAAGGAGGUGCACAUCGGCGCGGACGAGUACGACUCGACCCUCGCCGACGACUACAUCACCUUCGUCAAUGAGAUGGCCAGCUUCGUCAACGCCACGGCCGGCAAGCAGAUCCGCAUCUGGGGCACCAACGAGCCCUCGGAGAACCUGACCAUCUCCAAGGAUGUCAUCGUGCAGCACUGGCAGUACGGCGAGUCGGACCCCCUGAAGCUCGUCGCCGACGGCUACACCAUGAUCAACACGGAGGACUGGUGGGCCUAUAUGGGCAUGAAGAACGACCACAUGCCCAUCCUCCCCGCCAAGUACCCGCAGUUCUUCAACGAGAGCCGCAUCUUCGACUUCGCGGGCGUGGACGGCUGGCAGUGGCAGCCGUCGCUGAUCAACCCGUUCAACGCCAGCAUGCAGCUGGCGGAGGGCGAGCCGCUAAACAAGGGCGCCAUCACGGCGGCGUGGAACGACAACGGGCCGGACGCGUCGACGCAGCUGGAGGCCUACUACACGAUGCGCCGGGGCAUCGCGCUCGUCGGGGCGAGGGCGUGGAGCGGGAGCCGCGGGCCGGAGCUCGAGGAGGCGCUGGUCGCGCCGAGCAUCGACUUCUUCUCGCCUCUUGCCCCGGGGCAGAACCUGGGUCGGAUCAUACCCCGGAGGGAGGGAGAGAGCAGGGACGGGCCCCUCGUCUCGUGGACUGGGUCGGGAGGAGGGAACGGCACAGAGGAGCUCGGGUACGGCAGCAAGGGUAUGAACUACACGCUGCAGCUCUCGGCUACUGGGCCGUUCAGCCUAGCCGGGCCUGACAAUAAGCUGUCUCUGAAAUGUAGCGGCGAGUUGGUAUUCAACGCGGACGGCUACGAGUACCCCCUGCGGCAUGUGGCUGCUCAGGACGCGCUCGUGCUGGACCCGGGACACCCAGGUCGGAUCUGGGUCAAUGUUUCGACCUCAGCGCACGAGCCGGUGCGUGUGUCGACGCCUGCGAACAUCACCAUCUCGACGGACGUGCUGCACGGCAGUGUUGUCUGGCUGGAUGGGAAGGUGGCCGGGCGUUUCGAGGUUUUCGUGUUCGGGGGCCGCAACACGCAGUUUAGCUGGAGUCAGAUGGCCUUUGUUGCGCCGUUGGAGACUGUUAGGGGAGGGUUGGAGGAGCUGGUGUUGUACGAGGACACUGUGUUUGAGAAGGAGGAGGGUUCCUUGAGAACUCGUGCGUCGAAGCACACGCGCCGGCGGAGCCGAGAUACCUAG